CAUUUCAAAUCGAUUCACACACAUAGCAGACGCUAACACAUCAAGCGUCAUCAAUAGCGUGGUCUAUGGUGCAAUGCUAUCACUGGAGUAAGGCGUUUAUCUUCUAUUCGGGUAGCGUCAUGAUUGGCCUACCCUGAUGGCGUCAUGAUCGCUGCUGAUUGCCUUUCAAAUAGGUUUUCAGCAUUCUGCUUACACCUUUGGCAUAGAGUCACAUAUUUCACAAUCCAACAUCAAUUGGUACCAACAGCAGCCCUUCUCUCCAUCAUCCAGAAGGGUCUGAGAUCAGUGUUGGAGAUGAUGGUUCGGAACAACCCAUGGAAAGCUUAUCACUCAUUGAUGCUGUGAUGCCUGAUGUUGUUGCAAGUCGUCAACAGCAAACCCAGAACAAACAGAAACCACAAGUGGUAAAGACAGAACCACCAAAUUCCAAUGGAGAUGAACCCAUGCAUUCCAAUCGCUGGGAAGAGGAAACAGGAGUAGAGAUACCUGCCAGCAAAUCUACUGUACUUCGUGGCCAUGAAUCUGAAGUUUUCAUCUGUCUGCGCCUGAACCCAACAACAUUCAGAAGGGUGGAACUGAAGUUCCGAGCAACAAAGAUGUCACCUCACUUGACUGGUAUGUAAGUUGUGCUAUGUAAUGCUAUGUGUAAUGUAAUGUGUAUGUAAGCAAGUGCUUUUGACGGAAGUGUAUUUGCUGGGAUAACUGAACAGAAGUUUUAAAGAAAGACAGAAACAAUUGACAAGGCAAAAGAUUGGGAACCUGAAUGCUAUUCAGGUAACUAGUGCCAAUACAUUUUAUACAUCAAUAAAAAUAAGAUAAUGUGUUCUAAAAUUCUUCGUCACGAAAAUAGUGCAGGCGAGAAGCUUAAAGCUGCACUUGAACAUACAGUGACGUCCUUAAGAAGCAUUGUAGAAGAAAUUCGUACUAAAGAAGAUACUAUACAAAAACUUCAAACGCAUAUCGAAUCUAUGCCACCUUCAGUACUAACAAGAACAUUUUAUACUCAAAGAAUACUGAGUAUCGUAGCCAACGUCAAGAAACAAAAUGAAGAAAUGCAUCGGGUGCUUGAAGAUGUAAAAAGUGUGCAGCGUGAAAUCAAUUCAAUACAGGGAAAAGUUGAGCGUACGUUUACCGUUACGGAUGAAAUUAUUUUUCGGAUGGCCAAAUCGGAUGAGACUGCCCGGCGUAUUUACAAGUAUUUGAUUUCAUUGCAAACUGAUUGCUCUGACAUCCAAAAAUUAGUGAAAGAAUCUGGCAACUUGUCACGAGAGAUAAAGGAUUUAGAAGAUCAAGCGGAGACCGAAUUACGUAAGAAUAUUGCUACCAAAAUUAGGCGACUGCAAAGUGACCUCGAACAGAUACGGACGGAAAAUCAGAUUUUAGAAGAACGUGUCGGUACUAAAAUUUAAUUAUUCAUCUUAGUUUGUUUCCAGUCAGCCUCACUUUGUUCAAAUUAAAUUUUUCUCACUUCAAUAAAGUUUAACAUUCCAAUA